UUCAGCCAUAUUUGCCCUAUAUAUAUAACCAUCUCUUCCCACACAAUCAAACAUCUCACAUUAUUACACACCCAAAGUAGACAAUAAUCUUCCUUGAUUUCGAACAUGACUAAGGUUGUCUUAGCAGUGGUUGUCUGCAUAUGCAUGGUGGGUGUUAUUAGCCAGCAUCAUGCAGUGGGCGCCGCCGACUGCCAGCUGGUGCUAACGCAGAUGCAGCCGUGCAGGAACUACCUGAAGUCGGGCGGCAGCGUCCCGGCCGACUGCUGCAAGGGCGUCAAGACGCUCAACAGCGCCGCCACCACGUCGGCCAAGAAGAGGCAAUUCUGCGACUGCCUCAAAUCUGAGGCCAAAUCUCUAGGCGUCAACUCUCAAUAUGCUUCAAGCUUGCCUAAGAAAUGUAGUGUUAACCUUCGAUACCCAAUCAACUACAACUUUAACUGUUCCAGUAUACAGUGAGUUGUGGACGUACGUUGCAGCACCCUAUAUUAUAUGUUGGUUGAGUGAAUGUGUUUUUUUUUUUUUAUGGAAUGUGUGAUUUUGGACUUUGGAGGAUGGCUAAAAGUCGCACAUGGUAAUAACCCAUUAGGGUUAUGUGCUAAUUAUAUUUUCGAUUUUUAAUAUUGAAAUUCAGCCACGGUUCUUGUGUGGGCGGCUGUAAUAAGACAUGCUGUUUAGUUUA